UUCUUCCUACCUUGUUCAGUCUAGCCCCCAAACGAUUUGGAAACAUGAAGUGGGUAAUAUUUGUUUCUUUGCUUUGCUUUCUAAGCUUUGCUGAACUGAAAAAUCUACGUCGACAAUAUCGGCAUACUGAUGACCAUCAUUGGACCAUCAGUCUUGCCUCUCAAAUACCCACUUACGAUUUUGGUGCCAUUGCUUUAGGCUUAUUCGCCCAAAGUAUACCAAAUGCCACACUUGAAGAGGUACAAAAACUGACAGCAAACGUUAAAGCUAUUCACCAGAAAUGUGUUGAUAAUGAAUAUUCAAGCUCAGAAUGUACAAAGCCUUUGGGUAUAGUUUUCCUGGAUGUGCUCUGCCAUGAUGAAGAGUUUUCCAAGACAUAUGGAAUUAAUGACUGUUGUGCCAAGGCUGAUCCAGAAAGAAAUGAAUGUGUUUUGUCCCAUAAAAUUUCAUCAAUAGGAAGUGUUUCUUCCUUUGUUCAUCCUUCUGCAGAAGAAGCUUGCCAAGCAUAUCACAAUAACAGAAAUGCUGUUCUAGCCCACCAUCUUUAUGAGAUCUCCAGAAGAAAUCCAACAGCACUCAUUAUUGUACUCUCUGCAGCAACUAAAAGCUUUGAUAAAAUAUUGGAAACUUGCUGUGAAGAAGUAGAAAAAGAUACCUGCAUCCAAAAAAAGGCAGAAGAGGUCAGAAAGAAAGCCAGGAAAAUUAUUGAUGAACAGGAGAACACUUGUUUCAAUCUGAACAAUUAUGGAAAGGAAACCUUAUAUGCAUUAAAAUUUAUUGAGACAGCAGAAAAGUUCAUAAAUGCUAAUCUAGAAAUCAUAACCCAUAUUGCUAAAGAUAUUGUACAUAUCCAUGAAGAAACUUGUAAGGGGGAUUCAUUGGAGGCUACACUUGACAGAGCAGCACUGUCACAGUAUAUCUGUGAGCACAAAGAUGCUAUAUCUUCUAACCUUGAUCAUUGCUGCGGAGAGACUCUGGUGGAAAGACCACACUGCAUUGUUACUUUGGAAAAUGAUGCAAGAUCUCCUGAUCUGCCUCCACCAUCUGGAGAAAUCUUAAAAGAGACAGAAGCAUGUACAUCUUAUCGUGAAAAUGCAACUGAAUACAAGGAAAGCUUCCUCUUUGCGUUAAUAAGUAACCACCCUGAACUUUCUAAGCUGAUUGAUCUGGAAAUUUUGCAUAGAUAUGAAGAAUUGUUGGAAAAAUGCUGCAAACUUGACGACCAUGUAGAGUGUUUGCAUACAGGGGAAGAAGAAAUUAAAUUAUACAUUACUAAGAUUAAUGAUGUUGUGAAGAACAAUUGUGACCGUUAUGAAGAUACAGGAAGACAGUUCUUCCAAAUUGUAUAUUUGGCCAAGUAUAGCAAAAUUAUACCACAGGCUCCAAAUUAUUAUCUGAUUGAGUUCAGCAAAAAAGUGGCAAAGGUUGCUGAGAAAUGCUGUAAAUUAGAUAGCGAUCACCAAGUCUCAUGUGCUUUAGAAAAUGUGGAUAAGGUGAUAGGAUCUUUAUGUAGAUAUCACAAAGAACAUUUCACAAACAAACAAGUUUGCCAUUGCUGUGGUUCCUCCUUUAUUAACCGUUGGGAAUGUAUCAGUAACUUAGGACCAGAUCCAUCCCACGUCCCUCCUCCAUUCAAACCUAAAGCACUGGAUGCCCCUGAAAAUUUGUGCUCACCUAAUGAAGAGACUAUGCAGAACAGUAGGCAAGGUUUGCUUAUCGACUUGAUAAAAUCCAAACCUAAUAUCAUUGAGAAAGAGAUUGCAUAUGGAAUGCUAUUUUUCCAAGAGCUCCAGACAAGUUGCUGUGCAGCUGACAACGAAGAGGAAUGCUCUGACAUUUUACAAAGGGUCAAAAGCUGGUUGAACAGAGUGGUCAUCUAAUCGAGUAAACUAUCUUAGCUUCCACAGUGAAAGAAUGCUGAAGAUAAAGAAUCCAAACAUUCCCAAGCAUCCUUGGCUGCUGCUUUCGUGUCAGCUUUCUUAUGCCAAGGACAACCAAUUUGAUUCUUGGAUAAACAAUUAUUUCUUAUGAAAGUGUUACUAUCUUUAAAAUGAGAAUGAAUAAAAGUUUUAAAAGAAGA